GUCCAGAGACCAGAGGGAGCGGCUGAGGGCUUUAUACCUAUAUCGCUUUUACCGUGGACAGGAACAUUCGGGGGUAUAUAAGUAGCGGACGGGGCGCUUAUCACGUGUUUUUCCUGUCCGGCUCAUGUGAAUAGUUAGACGGCUAAACAACAAUGGUUAGUCGCUGAUGGGUUAGCAUUAGCCGCUCCGCCGGUGGGUGUGGACGCCCGGGCCCUUCACUUCAGCGAAUAACGCCAACUUGACUGACUCUCAGCGCUCCAACCUACAAACCUUCACAAUGAGGCUAAUAGAUAGAUUUAGCUCCCCCAAGCCAAAAAGAGUACAUUCGUCGAAGAAAACAUCAAAGCCUUCAAUAGAGCGAGUUGUGAAGACUCCUGAGAAGCAAGAAACUAAGCAUCUCAGUCAGUUGGAGGAAAAAGAGAAAGAAGUGGUCAGUGCCUUGCGUUACUUCAAGACGAUAAUCGAUAAGAUGGUGGUGGACCGAAAAGUUUUGGAGAUGCUUCCAGGCUCCGCCAGUCAAGUUUUGGAGGCGAUCAUGUCUGUAGUGCAGAUUGACCCCAAGAUUCAGAAAAGUUCCUCAGUGUCAUCCUGUCUCAACCGAGUGUAUCAGAGUCUGGCCAACCUCAUCUGCUGGUCUGAUCAGGUGAUGCUAGAGGGAGUGGACCUGGAAGAGAAGGACACUGUUGCGAAUGUUACUAGCAUCAUCAAAGCAGUACUGGAUGGGGUGAAGGAACUGGUGAAGCUGGUCUUGGAGAAACAGCAGCUCCCCUCCCCGACAUCACCCACAGCCAAAAAUGUCCCAUCAGUCAUCAGCCCAGAGAGUGUUCCAGAGCCUCCAGUUAUAGAGACGGAAGAUGAGAGCUCUACAAACUCCUCUGCACUAAGUCGUUCCACCGAGGCCCUGACUGAUGCCCCCACUGCCGAAGAAGCAGCGCCUCCCAAGCCCCCACUCCCUGGCCUCAAAGUGCCCGAGCAUUGUCCACCAGCUCUUCCUCCUAAGAAGCGCCAGUCAGCGCCAUCUCCUACCCGAGUCGCUGUUGUUGCUCCGAUGAGCCGUGCCACAAGUGGGUCGAGUCUUCCUAUUGGCAUCGGCAAACAGGACUAUGAUGCAGAUGGUUUACAGCGGCGUUUUUCCGGCGGUAGCCAUUCAUAUGGUGGCGAGUCACCACGCAGCUCUCCUUGCGGUAGCAUGGGUAAACUGAGCAAAUCAGACGAGCAGCUGUCCUCUCUUGAGCAGGACAGUGGGCAGUGCUCUCGCAACACUAGCUGUGAGACGCUGGAUACAGCAGAGAGCUACGACCCAGACUAUGACUUCCUCAGAGAAGACCUGUCCAGUGUCGAUCAGAUCGCUCUGCCUGCCGGAAGCUGUCUCAGCCCUCUCCCCGAGUCUCAUCGGGAGCAGUGUUCUUCACCAUCUCCAGGCCAGAUUCACUACGGUUCUCUCUCUCUCAAUCACUCCACCGCUCCUCUUCAUCACACUCUCAUCACACCACCUGCUCUGCCGCAAAAGAAGCGGCGCAGCGGCAACCAGCAGAUCCCCUUUGAUGGCUCGACACCUCGAACAGGAUACGAGCGCCUACACUCCCACUACGACAACGUCACAGACGAGGAAAUGCCCGUGCCGCCUUUCCCUCUGAUCCCUCUCUUCGCCCCUGUGGUCGGAUACGGGGCGGACUUUGUCACCUCUGAGAAUGCGUCCGUGUCUCAAUCUCCUCCCCCCCUACCUGAGAAAAAGAGCAGACACAUCCUGAAGUACAUGCAGUUUAUGGAGGAUUAUUCGGAACCACAGCCUUCCGUUUUCUACCAGACGCCACAGAGCGAGAGCAUCUAUGAGCAGCGCAACCGGCUCAUACAGGAAGUGUACGGCUUCAACGACUCGUUCAGCAGCAAUGACUCUGUGCAUGAGCCCCUCCCUCCUCCGGCACUCCCACCCAAACAGAGGCAGCUGGCCUCCUCUCACUCUGCAUCUCCUUCCUCAUCCUCCUCUUCCUCUCUGUCGUGCCAGCUUCAGCAAGGUGGAGGCUCAGGUUCUGCUGAGGUGGACACUGCUCUCAGUCUGUCCGCCUCAAGCUCCUCUCUGGGCUGCCCGGCUUCUCCUCCUGCUGCCACGGACCCCAAUUGCGGCACGGAGGACUCGCUCCAGGACUCUGCCUCGGAUCACAACAAGGAGCCGACUGACUCGGACAGCUGGAAACAGAAGUGUGUAGAGUCAGACCUGAGCACAGAGGAGCUGGACGAGCUGUCGCUGGUGGAUCAUAAUGAGAUCAUGUCCCGCAUCACACUAAAGCAAGAGAGCGAUGAUGGACCAGAUGUCCGAGCUGGAUCAAAGGACAUUUUAUUAGUUCAUGCAACAGAAACAGAUCUUGUUUUGUACUGUGAAGCCUUCCUGACGACGUACAGGACGUUUUUAACCCCAGAGGACCUCAUUAAAAAGCUCCACUAUAGAUAUACAAAAUUUUCUCACAGUUCAGACAACAUUAAGAAGCGAGUCAGCAAAAACACUUUCUUCGUGCUGGUGCGUGUCGUGGAUGAACUUUGUUUGGUGGAGCUGACAGAAGACAUUCUGAAGCAGCUGAUGGACCUGGUGAUCAGUCUGGUACGUUGCGGAGAGCUCAGUCUGGCCCGUGUCCUCCGCAAGAACGUUCUGGAGAAAGUGGAGCAGAAGAGGUUGCUUAGCUACACUAACUCGAUGAAGACGCUAGCUGCCCGCAGCGUUGCAGCCAGACCCGGUACACUUCAUGACUUCCGUAGCCACGAGAUCGCAGACCAGCUCACUCUCUUGGACGCGGAGCUGUUCUACAAAAUAGAGAUCCCUGAGGUCCUGUUGUGGGCAAAAGAACAGAAUGAAGAGAAGAGCCCGAAUCUCACCCAGUUCACAGAACACUUCAAUAAUAUGUCUUACUGGGUGCGUUCUAUAAUAAUCCUGCAAGAAAAAGCUCAAGACCGAGAAAAACUCCUUCUCAAGUUUAUCAAAAUCAUGAAGCACUUACGAAAACUUAAUAACUUUAACUCCUACUUGGCAAUACUGUCAGCUCUGGAUUCAGCUCCUAUUCGGAGACUAGAGUGGCAAAAGCAAACCUCGGAGGGUCUGGAGGAGUACUGCACUUUAAUCGAUAGCUCGUCAUCAUUCCGGGUGUACAGAGCAGCCUUGGCAGAAGUCGAGCCUCCCUGUAUACCCUACCUAGGUCUCAUCCUUCAGGACUUAACCUUUGUGCACCUUGGGAAUCCUGACUACAUUGCCGGGAAGGUGAACUUUUCAAAACGCUGGCAGCAGUUCAACAUCCUCGACAGCAUGCGCCGUUUUCAGCAAGUACAUUACGAUCUCAAACACAACGAAGACAUCGUGUCCUUCUUCAACGACUUUAGCGACCAUCUCGCCGAGGAGGCGCUGUGGGAGCUUUCCCUGAAGAUCAAGCCGCGGAACAUCACGCGCCGCAAAACAGAGCGCGAGGAAAAGACGUAGGGCUUCGUCUCCGGCAGAACUCUGUUACAGCCGAGUCGCGAGAAGAAGCGAUUCCGGAGUGACCCUGAAGGCAGCUAUGAGAUACUUGGGGAAAUGUACGACGUUUUCCAUUUUCACGUGUUUACAGGAGUUCGGGGGGGGGCGUGUUCUGCGUCUUGACCUGUGCUUAUUCAGGAGGGAGAGUGAUUGACGCAAGGACUGAGGUGGUCUGUAAGGCUUCCUCACCUGGACACAUGGCUUUACACCCCUUCUGCCUGUCGUGUAAUUCCUGAGGAGGAGAAGAACUUCUUCUUUUUAACAUUGGAAGAAAAGAAAAAAAACAACAACGUGCACCUACAUGUCUGUUUACGAAGGACUUUAGAAGGAUUUUUCUGUUCGUAUUUUAACAACUUGCAACAUUUGGCCCUCGGCCUUGGUUUUUAUAGACGUUUGAUCUCAAAGGCAUGAUUGAAAUUUCAAUAGACUUAGCACUUUACAUCCAUGUACAGGCGUACAAACACGUCAUCUCACCGAGCAACACGAGUGAUGGUGACUUCACGAGCAGGUUUACUCACCGCUAGCUGACAGCUAACAGCCGAUUGUGAUACGUGCUGUCUGGAAACAAAUGGCUUCACACCGCUUUACACCAAGUCUUCCAGCUGUAUUUAUUUAAAAAAGUGUUUACUUGUCAGAGAAAUAUAUCUUGUCUUGUGAAUUGUGUAUAUAGUUGUGCAUUGGUAGGAAUAUACGCUUAUUUUACAGAAAUUUUCACAUUUGUGAUUCAUGAUACAACAUGUAGGAGUGCGUUCUUUCUCUGUACCAUGGUUACGAUUCCCUGGGUUACAGUGUAACAUGAUACCACAUGAUAAGUGCCUAAAGCUCUUUAAACGGUGCAUUGAUUUGUCAUUUAUUUUUGUAUAAUGUGUUUAUUUUUUGUUUAGUUUUUUUUUUUUUUUUUUUUUUUUUUUUUAGUUAAACGUUUUAUGCUGACACUUUGGGAGAGGCUGAUGCGCCCUCUCCAUCCCUACCGUAUAAAAAGUAUACAAAGGUGCACUUGAAUCUGUUUGAACAAAUAGAAAAGGCCUGUAAAGAACUGCCAGGUGAGGCACAGCCCUGUACAGAUGACUGAAGGCAUUCUGGGAGGUUCAUGGGGAGUGGUUUUUUUUUUUAUUUAAAGGAUUGUUGUGGAAUUAAAGUCUCAGUCAGCAAUCAGUGCGGCUGAUAGAAUAACAAAUUAGCUGUCUGUCUGUAUCAACGUUUUCUUUAUAUAAAAAAAAAAACAUAAACAAAAAAAAAAUUUU